AUGAUUAACGCGUUUAUGGACACUGGCCAUCACCAUUUGGCUACUUAUGGUUUAAAGAUGUCUCCAGGCCACAACGGAGGAGCUGGGAGCAUUCCAUCGCCUCACCAGAAUCCCGCUGCGGCAAUGACAGCGCCAGAAGUGGGACCCGGUCACCAGAACCACUUCCAAAGUAAUUACGGACACAUGGGGCAUCUUAAUCCUCAUGCUGGUUACGCUGCUAGAGACUUUUUAUUACGGAGAGAUCACCAUGAUUUUCCUACAGCUCAAACAGCACCUAGUGAUCCCGUAUUGUUUCAUCAUCACACUGAGAUGCCCCCUCACCACAAUCCUCAUCUAACACCUCACCACCAAAUGCUGUAUUCGCGAACGGAUCACCACGCUGCCUACCAUACCCAGCCGAAUCAUCACCAGUACCUUAAUCCCCACAUGGGAAUGCCCCAUCAUCCUUCGAACAACUAUAUUUUUCCUCACCAAAACAUUUUUAAACAGAAUUUCAGAUUUAGAAAGUUCGAAAAACAUAAAAUAAAUCAUCUGGAUUUACUUGGAAAUUUUGAAGUACCGUUAGAAGAUGUAAAUGCUAUUGAAGGAUUAUAG